CGCUCUCUCUCUCUCUCUCUCUCUCUCUUUACGUUGCACUCCUCCCUACCGUCGCGUGGUCCUCUCUACCGCUUCUUAUCCUUCGACCCUUCGCUCUCUUCGCUCCCCCUCUCGCUCUCUCUUUCUCUGUGUAUAUAUCUAUCUCUGUCUCUCUGUUUUCUUCUUGCUUCUGCGGCGGCUCCUCGUCUUCCAGCCGUUCAUGGCAGAAGGCCGCUCCUUUUCCGGAGAUUAGCGGGAUUGGUGGCAGAAACGAGCGAAAGAGGUUGCCGGGGAGAGGCGGAGGCGGUGCCAGGAGAGUGAGGGGCCGGGAUUCGAUCCAUGGAGCCCAUGUCAUGACAAAAGGAGAGAGCUUUCAUUGAUGCUUUUUAGCUUCUGCUUCCGUAUCUUGGCCGCCCGCUGAGCACGGUUUCGCUAUGGCUGGCAGCAACGAGGUCAACGCCAAUGAGUCCAAGAUGGUGGUUCCCCUCAACACGUGGGUCCUCAUCUCCAACUUCAAGCUGGCCUACAACAUGCUGCGCCGACCCGACGGCACCUUCGAUCGCCACCUCGCCGAAUUCCUCGACCGCAAGGUUCCCGCCAACGCCACCCCGGUCAACGGCGUCGUCUCGUUCGACGUCCUCAUCGACCGCCCCAACAACCUGCUCGCCCGCAUCUACCGCCCCGCCCCCUCCACCGCCUCCGUCGCCCCGCUCCUCAUCGACCUCUACCGGGCUCCCUUCCCCGACCCCUUCCCCGUCAUCAUCUUCUUCCACGGCGGCAGCUUCGCCCACUCCUCGUCCAACAGCGCCAUCUACGACUCGCUGUGCCGCCGAUUCGUCUCCCUCUGCGGCGCGGUCGUCGUAUCCGUCAAUUACCGCCGCGCGCCCGAGCACAAGUAUCCCUGCGCAUAUGACGACGGGUGGGCGGCCCUCAAGUGGGCGUCCGGCGAGCCAUGGCUCCGCAGCGGGAAGGACGCCAAGCUUCGGGUGUUCCUCGCGGGGGACAGCUCCGGCGGGAACAUCGCACACCAUGUGGCUUUGAGGGCAGCGGAGUCUGGCAUCGAAGUCGCCGGCAACGUCCUCCUCAAUGCCAUGUUCGGUGGCAACUGCAGGACCGAGUCGGAGAAGAGAUUGGACGGCAAGUACUUCGUCACCAUUCAAGACAGGGAUUGGUAUUGGAAGGCAUAUCUACCCGAGGGGGCAGACAGAGACCACCCCGCCUGCAACCCCUUCGGCCCCAAAGGUGUGACGCUCGAGGGUCUUCCCUUCGCCAAAAGCCUGGUUAUAGUGGCAGGGCUGGAUCUCGUUCAGGACUGGCAAUUGGCAUACGCAGAUGGGUUGAAGAAGGCCGGCCACUUCGUGAAGCUUGUCUACCGCGAGCAGGCCACGAUCGGAUUCUACUUGCUGCCCAACACCAACCAUUUCUACCGAGUCAUGGAGGAGAUCAAGAACUUUGUCAGCUCCAACUUGUAGUGAAGACUGCAAGAUCCAUGCUGCCAGUUUCUGCAACUGUUCUAUUGGAUUCUGAAUCAUAGGUGACUUGGUUUGAGGAAGGGCUCUGUUCUUAUAAUUUCUGCUCUCCGACGACAAAUUUGAUGCAAGUGGAAGAUGCUUGUAAGAUCAUAGGUGACUCUGUUCAUGGAAGGGACAACCUUUCUUUCACUACACUAAUAUGUCGCCAAUGGUGUCUGAGACAACCAUGUUGUAAAUUGAGGUUCCAGAGGACCGAGAGUCUUGUGUCUUCGGGUGAGAUAGAUUGCCAGGAUUACUGGCAAAUACCAUAACAGGAUGACUACACCGACAUGGUUAACUUGGUUUCUAGUAAUAUAAAGAUGCACAUUGUGCCC